AACUAACUCUUAUUCGGCUGAGCUCGUUGUUGGAGGAGUCUUCCACUAUGGCUGCAAGAUAUUUACUCAGAUUACAACCAUUGCCUUUGCGCUUUGGUUGCAUGAUUAGACAGAUGCAGAAGUUUCAACCCUGGCCUCUGCAGCAGCACUGCUACUGCUCUUCAGCUGCUCCUCAAACCAGCACAUCCACACCAUCUGCUUCAUCAUCGUCAUCACCAACAUCUUCAUCACAAUCAUCUACCCAGCCAUCAUCAUCUCAGUCAUCAUCAGUUUCAUCAUCCACCACCAGCACGACAGCUACCAGCACUCCCACUACAGCAGUGACCCCGUCAUCGGGCCCCGCCCAAGAUAAGGCUGUGACCAAGGCAACGAGUAUGAACCCUGUCCUGGACGUUGGCCCUAACGACGAGGAUGGCUUCCGGGAGAGAUUCAUCCCUCUCUCCAGACGAUCUCUCAUCAGGGAACUCAUGCAGGAGGAUGACUUUCUUACUGAUGCCGAGAGGAGAAGGUUUGAGGAGUUUGCCAUCGCCAUGGACAAUGCCAUCAGCAAACAGUACCACGGUGUCUUAGCAGAACUUAAGCAACUGUUUGACCCUGUAAACCCAGAUAAGGACACCAUAGCUAACCGAUUACUUGGGAAACGGGAGAAAGAGGACAGUGAGUUCUGGUUGAUGCAGAAACUCCAGGCUCUGAUGGAGAGUGCUAACUUCCAUGAGCUUCCAAGCCAUGUUGUGAAGAAGGCUCUUGAUGAACAUAUGGCAGGAGAAGGGGUUAAUGUUAGUGUAAAUCCAAAGAACUAUCAGACCCUUAGAUUCUGGGCUCUAGGCAAGGAACUACCUGCAGACACCACUCCCUGGUACACACGUCUGUCAAAAUCGGCCUUCUACAAGGCAUCCAAGAGGUCACCGCCUGCUCCUGUCCACUUCUACAAGCGCAUUGUUGUUGCUGUCAAACCAAAGGGCCAAGACAAGCUUAUGCUAAAGAUGUUCAAAGAAAUACCUACAGGAGCAAUAGAGCAGUUGCUUCCUGAUGGCAAGAUAAAGAUGAGUGCAUUUGAUCAAGGUCUCCUGAUGGCUAUGGCAUCUAUCGGUUCCCUCAGCUUACUGAUGAAAGCUGUUACAUUUCUAGCUGACAUCCAGCUUCAAUGGACACUUAUCGCUGCCACAGCGGCUGGUAUCUUUGGUCUUCGUGGGUGGAACAGUUACAAGAACCGACGUACUAGAUAUAUGAUGCAGCUAUCCAAGACUCUUUAUUUUAAGAAUGUUGCCAACAAUAGAGGGCUCCUUGCUUUGGUCGUUGACAGGGCGCAGGAUGAGAGCUUCAAGGAGUGUCUUUUGGCUUAUACCUUCCUGCUCACAAACAGACCUGACACAGUGAGGGAAGCAGCAAACAGCGAUCCAACAAGUCUUCCUCCACUAUUAGGUGGUAUAUCUGGUUCAGCCCUUGAUAAGACCGUUGAACAAUGGGUCCAGGAAAGAACAGGUGCCACCAUCAGCUUCAACUCCAAGACUGCCCGCAGCAUCCUGGAGGACUUUGGUAUCCUCUACGCCGAUCAGGAUGACGACCUUGCCGUCCUCCCUCUCGAUGCUGCUCUCUUAGGUCUCCCACGGCAACCGGCUUCCAUGGCAACGAGAACAGAAGAGGUGGAGCUUGAGGAGGGGUACGACAAGAUCUUCAGUGAGGAGGAGAAGACCUACAAGAAAGAAGAAAAAUUACAAAGGAGACAUGGGUGGUCAUAGGCAAAGAUUAGUUUUUAAAUAUUACCGUAAUAUGAAAUAUUAUAUGAAUUCUUAAAUUGUUUCUUUUGCAAUAAGAAGAUAUUUUCUCACGAAGUGAGCGAGGCACCUCAAAAGAAUUACAAUUUUAUUACCGUGUCCAAUAGCAGGAAUCCUGUUAUAAAGGCCAUAAGCGUCUUUCACAGUAACUUUCUGCAGUCCUUUAUUUUGACUGCAAAUAUUACUAUGGAAAAAAAUUAUUGUUGGAGUCCUGCUAGAAAUACCUGGUUGUACUUUUUAGUAAGGUGCCAUAUAUGCUGAUUCCCACCCCAGGGAAUUAGAAGGGUUUUGAUAGUACCCUUCCAAGGUUGUGUCUGACAGUAAUGUGUACUUCAGGGACCGCAAUCAAGUCAGAAGACAAUUGGACAGUCGCCAUAAAUUGUUUUACCUGAUCAAAAUAUCUUCAAAGGUGUCAAAGUGUUUGAAAUCUUCUUGCAGUGUAGUCAAUACUUGUUCAAAUAUGAUACUUUCUGUGACCUCUCUGACAUGCUUUCCAUGAAAGUGUGUUUAAUAUGACUUAUAAGUAAUAUCUCAUAUUUUAGUCUGACAGUAAUGUCUACUUCAGGGACUGCAAACAAGUCAAAAGACAAUUUGCCAGUUGUCAUUAGUUGUACCUCUUAAAAUCUUCAAAGGUGUCAAAGUGUUUGAGAUCUCAUUGCAGCGUAGUUGAUACUUUUUCAAAUACUAAGUGUUCGUGAUCUCUCUGACAUGCUUUCCAUGAAAGUAUUUUUUUCAUGACAUACAAUAUCUUGUAUUUACCUAGGUGGCCACUUCAGCUAUAAGCUGAUCUUCCAGUGGGCUCUGCAUAACAUAAUAUGUUAUUACUAGCCCUCCCCAUUCUCAUUGUAAUAUGCUGAGUGCUUGGCUAGAUUGCAGGUUACAUUUUUUGGAAGUCUUUGGUAUGACUUGGCCAGGUAUUUCACUCCCAACCUCCCGCCAUGACAUCAUUUUUCCCCAAGUACUAGUAUUCAAGAUAAGCAAGGGAACAUGUACUCUUAGGAUUACUGCAAAAUUUAUGACUGGUUUCUGAAGGGGGGGGGAUGCAGCAUCUUAUUCAUUCAGGAUUUGUCAUAUCACAAAUCUUUUUCCAAACAUUAAUAAAUGUAUACUACACAUUACUAAGAAGUAUGCUUAUAUAUGUUAGUUGGACAACCGCUGAAUUUGUCCUGGGUGAGAUAAUCCUGGUUGGCGUUUCAUAAAGCUGCUCAUAAAGUUACAAACGACUGGUGAUCUUUUCUUUGGAGCUAAAUCUACACCUGGUGUGUACACUUGGGGUGUAUGAUUACCUCAAGAAAGGAUCACCAGUCAUUUGCAAAGUCGCUCAUAACUUAUGAAACACCCAUCUGGGGGCUGUUUCAUA